GGAGAGCAGUAUUUGUAAAGGUUUUAAGUGGGGGAGGAAAGGAAUACCUGUACUCGUUCCAAGACCAAGGAGGAGGGACGAGUGAGGGAGAGACAGAGAAAUAAAUAAAUCCGAAUUCUGCCAAACUUCUCUCCUCUGUUCUCCUCCAUUACAUCCUCUCAUCACCACCCCCAACCUCUCCCCUUGCCUGUCUUUCUCCCCCUCUCCCUCUCUCCCUCUCUUUGACAGAUUUUCCUCCACCCAUUCUCUUCCUGUUCUUCUCCGCCCACCCGCAUCGCAUCGAUCCCUCUGAAUUCGGUCUCCACAUCUUCCCCCACCAUCUUUCUCCUCGGCCUUCUCUCUCUCUCUAGCGAUUGUUCAUCCAUUUCUUGCUUGGGUUGAUUCUUCAGGCUCCUCUCUUGCCUGGAGAGGAUCAGGAGGAAACGAAGCUUUCUUCUUUGCUGGGAUUGCGGGUUCUGACAAGUUGUUGAAAGAAUCGGGGCCGGUUUCAGGUCACACCUAAAUUGCUGGAAAGCGGUAACAGCAUCUGAAAUGCUAUUGCCGCAUAUCAACUUGUAGAAAGGACGUUCCUUUGAUAAUGCAAGGGCAGAGGAAUUCUGUCGAACAGUUAGCUGAAGUCUUCGGAUUUGAUCAUGGAUCUAGUUCAGGCAACCCUGUCAUGGAUCAACAAGCAUACUGGAAUAACAUUCUUGGAUCAGUAGAAUCACAGAAUCUUCAAGGUUAUGAAAUGAACCGCAGUGAUGCAACCAUUCCACAUGAAAAUGAAUUACAUCAAGAUGGCCAAUUUUUAGGUUUCUGGCAAUCAGGUGAAGCUAGUUCAAGUGUCAAUUCGCUAAACUAUGGGAACUCCAACAUGAUCAAAGCAGAGCAACUAAAUAUUGGUGGUGGCUUAAGGAUUGGCGAAAGGCGCAUGGUAGCUGAACAUAACCUUUCUUUGGAUAACGGGGAUAUAAAUCUUAACGUGAACAGUUUUGAUCUAUAUGGUCAGAGUUCAAAUGCGAAUAGCACCGCUCAAGGCUCAGAGCAAUAUGUUGGAUGUUCUCGUAAUGGUACAAACGCUCAGGCCACUGAGCUAAGAUUACAUCCAUACAGGACUUUCAUCUUAAAUGACGAGCAGCCAGAGUCAUUUUCUUCUUCGAAUGCUUCAGAAAAUCCCCUGAGCAAUUUUCCACUAAUGAGAGAGGACAUUGAUCACAGACCAGGCAGUUCCCUAGAUGGUCGCCGUUUAGCUUGCAAGAGGAAAAAUAUUGAGGGAGUCCACGGGCAAUGUUCAGCAGGUGCUAGCACAAGUUUUUCCCACAGGAAUGAUAAUGUCUUCCAUAACAUCCCUUCUUCAAGUUUCAAUCCUCCUCCUAGCACAAAUCUGUCCUCUCAUAACUAUUUGUUACUUCCAAGUUCCAUCGAGGAACAACUCCCCCGUUAUGGAGCUACUGUAGGAUUGCCAUCUAGCAGCAGUAACAAUCCUAGCCGAGGCAAUAAUAAUUCAGGAAAUUCACAAAGAAGUUUCCGGGCAAGAAUGACCACAGCUCAGCAGAUUAGCCCCUAUGGUGUAUGGCCCUCUUCGAGUACAAUCAGACAUCCAAGCUCAUGGAAUCAUCAGGUGCCUCCCCUUCAGACUACAUUUGAUGAACCACAAGAGGGUAUUCCCAUGGUCGGUGGUCUCAACUUGCAGUACCAACACCCUGUAAAUGUCGUCCCUGGUAUUCCACAAAUUGCACACCGAUUCGCUGGUCAUGAAGCUUCAUCAUCGAGAGCAGGCAGUUUGGAGAACAGAAUUUUUAGUGGCGACGAAGUAACUGGGUGGAAUGUUGUAGCUCCCAACUUCCCUAAUCCAUCCCCACUUGCCGCACUAGACAUGAGACAUCCGGUUCCAGAAUCGUCUAACUGGAACUCUGAUGGUCGCAGCACUGCCAUUGCAGGAAAUGUUUCCUCCGUAUCAAGAGCUAAUGCCAGUUCAGGCUCCCAAUUUAUCAAUCAUCAAAACCUGCAUAGACGCCAUACUAGAAAUUUAUCAGAGGAGCUAGGUCGUCUAUCUGGAGCACUUCGUAGUCAGCAGCACCCACGUUUAAGGUCAGGGUUUCUAUUGGAACGACAAGGUGAUGGUGUUUGGGGUGUUCCAUUACCAACGAGGAGUAGGGAAGGCCGAAGAUUAAUGGAGAUCCGUAAUGCGCUUGAAAUGAUACACAGAGGGGAGAAUGUCAGAUUUGAGCAGUCUAUUUUCUAUGGCGGUGUCGAAAUUCAUGAUAGGCACAGGGAUAUGCGUCUUGACAUAGACAACAUGUCUUAUGAGGAGCUAUUAGCUCUGGAGGAAAGGAUUGGAAAUGUUAGCACUGGCCUCAGUGAGGAAGAUGUGAUGAAUCUCCUGAAGCAAAGGAAAUUCUCGUCGUGGAGAUUAUCAUCUGUGGAACAUGAGCCAUGUUCUAUCUGUCAGGAAGAGUACAUUGACGGGGAUGAUCUUGGGACACUUCACUGCGGGCAUGACUUCCAUGCUGGUUGCAUCAGGCAGUGGCUAGUGGUGAAGAAUCUGUGUCCGAUUUGCAAGAACACCGCCUUGAAGACCUAAAUCAUCAUAGAGGCUGCGAGGCUCGCUCGUCGCAGUCAUGCCAAUUCAACUACAAAGAUCAUUUACAAAAAAUUCAACAUUACCGUGCUAUUUUGGCUGAAUUUUUUUCACAUUGACCUACAAUUCCGAUCAAAACUGGUCUGUAAGCUGCAUAAUGCCCCCCUGGCUUGCAGCAGCAAAAUAAUCCCUGGGAUCUGUCUCCUCGUAUUUAACUAUUCAUGGCUGGUAUAAUGGACUUAGUUUCAAACA